AUGGCGGCCCCCGCAAUUGACGUCGAAGCGUCGGAGGCGCGGAUGCGAGGUGGUGUAAAUCCCGAAAAAAGCCGAGAUGCGGACACCGGCAGAACAGAUCCUAAUAGCAAAGAGGGGAACAGGAGCAUUGAGACGGGCAGGAGGGUCGAGACGAGCGGGAAGAGCGGCGGCGGCGGCGGCGGGGGCAGUUGGGAGGAGCCUCGGAGCCGCAUGUGGGAGUGGCGGGAGAACUGGAUGGUUCACUACGAGGUUGCUGGGGAUGAAUCCGACAGGUCUCUCCCCGCGGUGCUGCUGCUGCCAGGGUUCGGCGUGGGGUCCUUCCACUUCCAGGAGCAGCUGCGCGGACUGGCGGCAGGCACAGCAGCAGCGCCAGGCGCAGCAGCAGGCGCAACAGCAGGAGCAGGAGGAGAAUCAGCAGGAGAAUCAGCAAGAGGAGAGGGAGCAGAGGCGCAGCAGCGGUAUCGGGUGUGGGCGAUGGAUUUCUUUGGGCAGGGCAAGUCAUGGCCUGCCAAGGACCCCGCCCCCUUCCCUGCUGCUGCUUCAGCCCGUCUUGGUGCUUCUGCUUCUGCUGCAGCAGAGGAAGAGGAGGCGUUGCUGCGAGGGGCAGAGGAGGGGAGAGGGGGGCAAAGGGAGUCAACAGAGUCAAGCAAGUCAACAACGGCGGCUGUAGCGGACUGGGGGUUCGGGCCCAGGCCGGAGCCAUGGGCGCGGGAUUUGGUGUAUGGGUCGGACAUGUGGUGCGAGCAGGUUGCAGCCUUCAUCUCCCAGGUCAUCCAGGAGCCGGUGUUCAUAGCAGGCAACUCCCUGGGCGGCUACAUAGGCGCGUAUCUCGCCGCCUCGCACCCGCACCUGUGCCGCGGGCUCAUCCUGCUCAACGCCACGCCCUUCUGGGCCUUUGCUCCCAACCCCCAUGCUCCCGCGCGCUCUCUGCUUGCGCGCCUCUACCCCUUCUCCUGGCGCGGCACGCUUCCUGUUCCGACACUCCCGCGGCUCGUAGCACGGCGAUGGUGGGACAGUCUACGCCAUCCCACCACGCUGCGCUCGCUGCUCACUCUCGUCUACACCGAUGCAGCACGGCUCACCCCCGCGCUCAUAGACUGCAUAGCCCAGCCCACGCAGCACCCCGCCUCUGCUGCUGCCUUCGCGUCCAUCCUCUUUGCGCCCAAGGCGCGCCUCUCCUUCGACGAGAAUCUCACCACCAUAACCUCUCGCGCCCUGCCGGUGUGCAUUAUCCACGGCCGGGACGACCCCUGGGUGGGGCCCAUGUGGGCGGCCAGAGCAGCCAGAGCUCUCCCACAUGCCGCCUUCUUUGAACUCUCCCCUGCCGGCCACUGCCCCCACCACGAGAGACCACAGGUGGUUAACUACCUCAUCUCCUCCUGGGUCUCACACGUUCACUCCAACUUCUCCAACCCCCUGCCCCUCUCUCCUGUGCCGCACUCCACACACUCCCUCUCCGACUCCCCCUCUCCCCCUUCACUUGCUUCCUCCUCCUCAUCCCCCCCCUCGCAACCCUCCGCUGAUCGUCCCUGGUCGUUCCCUUCCCUAUUGGGGGAGGGGGAGUGGGAGGAGGGUGUGUGGAUAGACGGAGUGGGAUUACACACCUCAUCAGCAGAGAAGCAAGGCAAUGUGACUGUAAAGAGCGCAGGAGGUUCGAAGCGUGUGGGUGCAGGAUCGGAACAUCCGUCUAGGAUUCAGGUGAGGAGGCAUAUGAAGCCGCCACCCCACCCGAUUCACCUGGUGGAUGCUGCAGUGGAGACAGUGUCGGCUACUUGGAGACGAAUUGCUGGGAAGGGUCCUUGCGCCAGUCGGAGCACAGCACAUCGCAGUGCGAGGCGCUUCGAAACCAUGGCGCGGAAUUCACUCGCGACGGUCUUCGUAGGAAAUCUCGACCAGCAAGUGGAAGAUCGGAUCUUAUACGAUUUGAUGCAGCAGGCGGGCCCUCUGGUGGAUCUACACGUUCCACGGGAUAAGGCGUCAGGUCAGCACCGAGGGUACGGAUUCGCGGAAUAUGAGACGGAGGAGAGCGCGCAGUACGCCGUGAAGCUCUUUUCAGGGCUCGUCAGGCUCUUUAAUCGCCAGCUGAGGUUCCAGAUAUCCAACUCCGGAGCAAAACCUGCAGCAGCAACAGAAGAUCCUGCUGCCACAGGCAAUGGCACGGUUGCCACCACUGGUGCCGCCCCACUUUCUUCCGCACUUUCUUCAUACGACCAGCAGCAACAGGACCUUCUGAGAUGGCAGCUCCAGCAGCAGCAAGCAGCAUUACUCCUCCAGCAGAGUCGUGGUGUCAUGCCUAUGAAUGCAUCUUGCCGCUACACCACCAUGUUAGGGGAGAUCCUUACCGUUCAGCCUCUGGAGCUGAAGUUCACAUUUGAGCUGAAGAAGCAGGUGUCGACUUCCUUGCGGCUAGUCAAUGUCACUUCUGAAUAUGUCGCCUUCAAGGUUAAGACAACGUCACCGAAGAAGUACUGUGUGAGGCCCAACACGGGCCUAAUUCCACCUCAGAGUAGCGCGGAGGUUGUGGUGACCAUGCAAGCGCAGAAGGAGAUGCCAGCGGAUAUGCAGUGCAAGGACAAGUUUCUCGUGCAGAGCGUACUCGUGCCGGGCGGAGCUCCCAAGGAAGCCAGCGCCGAUUUCUUCAACAAGGAGAACGGGCGCGAGGUGCACGAGGUGAAGCUGCGCGUGCUGUACGUCGCGCCCCCGCAGCCGCCGUCGCCUGUGGCGGAAACCGCGGAGGAAGGCGGAACGCCCAGCUCGUUCCCCCCCACGGCCAAGGCGGUCGCUCCCACUGACCCGGGUUCCAAGGACGUCACGGAGCUCAAGGCUAAACUCACUGAGGCGAAAGCAGCGCUGACAAAGAUGACGGACGAUAGAAAUGCAGCAGUGAGAGAACUGCAACGACUCAAGGAGCAAGCGAGCAAGGCAGGGAGCAAGGCACCAGUGCAACGGCCAAAGGGAUGGUCCUUCACAGCGCUACUGCUGGCGGCACUGAUCUUCUUCAUUGUGGGGUUCCUGGGGGGCAAAGGCUAUCUCACCUCCUCUCCUGCUGCUGCUUCCUCCACUGAGCUUUAA